UUAUGGGCCUUAAAGGUUUAUAGUAAUAACUCGUAAUGGGGAAGGUUUUGCCAUGGCAAAAAUACAAACCAGACAAAUUUUGUAAACACCAAACAGUAGACAUAGAAUCAGAAAACCGAGCUCGCGGGCUCUCUCCGACCAGACCCCAGAAAGCAUACUACCGAAUCAAGUUUUGGGUUAUACCGUUACCUAUCCUCCAUCUCUCUCUUCCCCUCGACUGUCUCGCCUGCAAACAACACCCUUUUCGCAAAGUGAGGUGUUGAUUAAACGUCUCUCACUAUGUUCAAUGAUAAUGCAUCGUCUCUUCCAGAUCCGCUUCCUCUCCUCAUACUGUCCUGUCCCACAGACCCAUCUGUUCCGCUGCAACAAAACCAUCCAGGACCUCUCCAAACUCGGCAGAGUCGUCGAGGCACGGGAGUUGUUCGACUCGAUGUGUCGAAGAGACCCGGGAUCUUGGAACUCCAUGAUUUCUGGUUACACCCAGAACGGUCUUUUACACGAAGCACAAACGCUCUUCAAUGAGUUUCAUGGAAAGAAUGUCAGAACUUGGACAAUUUUAUUAACCGGGUAUACGAAAUUCGGGCGUGUCAAUGAGGCUCGGGUUCUCUUUGAUGCAAUGCCGGAGCGUAAUGUGAUUUCUUGGAACGGUAUCAUAAGUGGAUAUGUGGACAACGGUGAUUUGAUUAGUGCCAGAGAUUUGUUUGAUGAAAUGCCUGAGAGAAAUGUCGUGUCAUGGAACUCCAUGAUUACUGGGUAUUGCCACUACGGUAUGAUGAGCCAGGCAGGUGAGUUAUUUGAGAAAAUGGGGGAGAGGAAUUUGGUGUCUUGGCUGAUUAUGAUAUCCGGGUUUUCUAAGAUAAGUAAGCAUAGAGAAGCAUGGUCUGUUUUUUUGAUGAUGGUGAGAAGUGGGGUGAGGCCAGACCAGGCAGUAUUGGUCGUAGCGUUAUCAGCUAUAAAUGGGCUGAAUGAUUUAGAAAUGCUCGAGAGUUUGAGGACUGUGGCCAUCAAGACGGGGUACGAGAGAGAUGUGGUUGUGGGGACGUCAAUUUUGGAUGCCUAUACCAGGAAUGGGAGUUUGGAUAAUGCGCUUAAGUUUUUUGAGACGAUGCCAAAACGAAAUGAGUACUCAUGGACCACGAUGAUUGCAGCAUUUGCACACUGUCAUAGAUUUGAGAAUGCGAUUGCUUUUUAUGAGAGGGAUCCAAUUAAGAGCGUUGCCACACGGGCGACAAUUAUAACUGCAUAUGCUCAAGAAGGAAGGAUGUAUGAAGCUAGACGUAUAUUUGAUGAGAUUUCUAACCCCAGUGUUGUCAUGUGGAACGCUAUGGUUGCUGGGUAUGCCCAGAAUGGAAUGCUUGAAGAAGCUAAAGAUGUAUUUUUGCGUAUUCCUGAGCGUAGUGCUGCUUCUUGGGCUGCCAUGAUUUCUGGGUUUGUACAGAAUGGACAAAGCAGAGACGCUUUAGAGUUGUUUGCUGAGCUUCAUAGGUCAGGAAAUGUUCCAAAUCAUUCAAGCUUUACUACUGCUCUUUUUGCUUGCACUAACAUUGGAGAUUUUGAGAUGGGAAAACAGAUACACUCGCUUACCAUUAAGACAAGGUGCCAAUUCAAUUCAUUUGUUGGGAAUGGGCUGAUUUCCAUGUAUGGAAAGUACAAGAACAUUGAGGAUGUUUCUCAGGUUUUUAGCACGAUGAGAGUAAGAGACAUUGUAUCUUGGAACUCCCUCAUUUCUAGGCUUUCAGAGAAUUUCAUGUUGGAUGAUGCUCGCAAAACUUUCGAAAAGAUGCCAAAACGUGAUGUGGUGUCUUGGACUGCCAUUAUUUCAGCCUAUGAGCAAGCAGGGCAUGGGGAUGUUGCCUUUGCAUUGUUGCUUGACAUGUUAACCAGAGGAAUAAGUCCAAACCAAUUAACCAUUACAAGCCUCCUGAGUGCUUGUGCAAGCCUUGGUGUAAUCAAGCCAGGGCAACAGAUCCAUGCUUUGACACAAAAACUUGGAAUUAAUUCUAGUUUGUCUGUUUCCAAUGCUCUUAUAACAAUGUACUUUAAGUGUGGGAGUCUGGAUGGCCUUUGCGUCUUUGAAGAGAUGCCUGACCAAGACAUAGUCACAUGGAAUUCGAUUUUAGGAGGCAGUGCACAGAUCGGACUCAGUACAGAAGUGGUCCAAAUUUUUAAACAAAUGGAAGCCACUGGGGUCUCCCCCAAUGAAAUCAGCUUUCUGGGGGUUUUAUGCGCUUGUGGCAAUGCUGGGCUAGUGGAUAAAGGGUGGGCUUAUUUUACUUCCAUGAGCCAAGAUUAUGGGAUUACCCCUUUGGUUUAUCACUAUACUUGUAUGGUUGAUCUCCUUGGGAGGGCUGGACAGCUCUCUGAAGCUGAAGCUCUCAUCCAAAACAUGCCUGCAAAACCAGAUGUUGUGAUUUGGGAAGUACUUCUCCAUGCUUGCAGGAUCCAUGAAAACAUGGAACUUGGCCAGAAAAUUGCUGAAAGGCUUUUCCAGAUGGGAACAAAUAGAUUAGGAACUUAUAUUUUAUUAUCUAAUAUAUAUGCGUCUCAAGGUUUGUGGGACAAAGUAUGGGAAAUAAGGCAAUCAAUGAAAGACGGGGGAGUGAGCAAAGAACAAGGAAUCAGCUGGAUUGAGAUCAAUAACAAGUUACACUACUUCCUUAUGGGGGAAAAGACACACGAUGAGAUUGAUGAGAUUCACUUGACAUUGAAGAACUUGUAUGGACGGUUUAGAGAAGGAGAUUAUUUACUAGAUACAAACUUUGUUCUACAUGACAUGGAAGAGGAGCAAAAACAGGAUGAACUUCUCUACCAUAGUGAAAAACUUGCCAUUGCCUAUGGGAUCUUGCGCAUGCCAAAUGGAUCACCAAUUCAGAUCAUGAAAAAUAUCCGAAUUUGUGGUGAUUGUCACUCCUUUAUGAAAUUUGUUUCGAACGUUACGCAGCGUAAAGUUGUUAUUCGAGAUGCAAGUAGAUUCCAUCAUUUUUGUGACGGCUUGUGUUCUUGUGGGGAUUAUUGGUGAGCUUGGAUUAGGUGUCAUUUAGAUAGAAGCUCGAUGGUCAUGCAUUUAUGGAUUCUAGAUGGACUGAGGACUUCAAAGUUUUCAUAUUUGAUACUUCAUGACUUAACUAGGAAAUGAAGGUUUUACUGCAUUCCGUUGUUCAGAGGAUGGUUCCACUAACUGUAGAAAUAGAGUACACAUACGAAUUUUUACAUUAAAAUAUAGAGUUUUUGAGAAUCUGGCCUUCCCUUAGAUGGAGAACAGUUUCUACUUACUGGGUUCCAAGUGUACCUCAAUUCUUGCUUGUAUAACUAUUCAUUAAUCUUUAUCACCGUGAUAUAAUAAGAUUGAUUAUUUUCCCUUCUUCUUUA